AAGAGAGAGACACUGAGACAGACAUUUCUUCUGUACCUGUUUGUUGUUAGGUUACUAGGCGUUACGUCAGUUCACUUUAUUGCACUGUUAACAUCUGCUCAACUGCUUUGAUGUGUCAUAUUGACGAAAUAUUCACGUAAAGCUGUAAAGAGAAAAUGCAAUCUUCCAAUAGUGAAAUCGAAGAAACUCUCAAACGAAUUCAGUCUCACAAGGGAGUAAUCGGGGUUGUCGUUAUUAACAAUGAAGGCAUUCCUAUCAAGUCAACUUUGGACAAUGCCACCACAAUUCAAUAUGCUGGUUUGAUCAGUCAACUUGCAGAUAAAGCCUGUAGUGUGGUGCGUGAGUUGGACCCAACAAAUGAUCUGACUUUCUUCCGUAUUCGAACCAAGAAACAUGAGAUCAUGGUUGCACCAGACAAGGAGUACAUGUUGAUAGUUGUUCAAAACCAGUCUGACUAAUUUUAUCCACUGUUUAAUUUACUAUGCUUUUUCUUGGUACAAGCUUUUUUCCUGUGUUGCCCAAAUAUUAAACCAUAAAGAUAAAGCAUAUGAAAUCAU